AUGGAGUCUUCACGACGGAGUCGAACCCGUGCAGCCUGCCGGCGUUGCCAGAGACGUAAAAUUCGCUGUAAUGGCGAAACUCCGAGCUGUGCUGCAUGCAUUAGGGCAAGUGUUCCAUGCGUGAAUGAUGGCACGCAGGAAGUCAAUCGCACGUACAUUGCAAACCUGCAGAAGCGCAUUCAAUGGCUUGAGUCAUUAGUGCGCGAGCAAGGCACAGUUAUAUCUUCGGAACAGGGACAGCCAUCGGGCUCAAAUGAAUAUCAAGAGGAUAAUUCUAGAGUAAAUCCUGAACAAAGUGCACAGGCUGUGAGUGUAUCGACACCGUCCCGACAGGAGCAGUUUGCGCCGUCUGGAAAUACACACGCAUCCCGCACACAGCCCAGGCAGGCUCACGAGAUUGGCCUAGUGUCCCUUUCCGCGGGUGGGGAACCGCGAUAUCUUGGCCCUUCAAGUGGCUAUUUUCUUGCAAACCUGAUCUUCUCGAGUGCUGGUCGCCGGCCAAGACCACCAGGUAUCCGCAGCGUGAACGAGCCAAUCUCGUUGUCCGCCGAGAUGUUCAACACCCCUGCCUCGUUACCCUAUCGGAAGGACGAUGCGAUCGAGCUUUCCUCCAAGUAUUUCUCUACUGUCCAUCUUCUCUACCCCUUUCUUCACGAACCAUCGCACAUGCAACGCCUGGAGAGGGUUUACGCCAGCGAGUCAGCUGUCGAACACAAUUCCUCAGACGCUUUCCAUGUCUACAUGGUGCUUGCGAUAGCAGCAUCAGAUCUCUCGCGACGGUUCCGACUUCGGUUGCCGGCCGAGGGGUACUAUACCGCUGCAACUCAAUACUUUGAAGGUGCCUGUGCCGACAGCUCGCUUGGUGGCCUUCAAAGUCAACUCCUUCUCAUGGUGUACGCUCUUCAUAAUCCGUCGUGCGGGGUUAAUAUCUGGAGUUUGAAUUAUCAAUGCUUGGGUGCGCUGAUUGACCUUGGCCUUCAACGUGAUGUGCGCACAUCACCCUCGUUUCAAAUAUCAUUUCUGACACAGGAAAUGAGAACUCGAAUAUUUUGGGUGGUAUAUAGCUUUGACCGAACUUUAGGCACCAUGAUGGGCCGUCCAAUUGGAGUUCGGGAUGAGGCGUGUGAGCUUCGACUCCCUUCAGAUGUCACCGAUACGCAACUCUCUGAAGCUGUUGUUGAUGAGAGGUCUACCGCGACCGCGCCGUCUCAUAUGACCUACUCAAUCCAUUUGUUCAAACUGGCACGGCUGAACUCGGAAAUCAAAUAUGUCAUGCACAGCAUCUGCCGGGAUCCUCCAAAAUACGCCUAUCCACCAGUUCUCGAUAUUCACCAGUGGCAGAGGGACAUGAUAGACCGGCUUGACUCAUGGUAUACCGACAUCCCCCACGCGGCCGGCAUGGAGUCAAUUGCCAAGAUCUGCGAGACCAAAUACCACGAGAUGAUAAUUUUGAUACUACGGCCAAGUCCCGGAAUUCCUGAGCCGUCGGAAGAAUUGCUGGCUCAAUGCUUUCAGCACGCCGUUAAACUACUCCGUGGCUUUGGGGAGCUGUACAGGCAAGAAUCACUUCUUUAUAGCAGACUGGUUGUACAUUCAAUAUUUUUGAGCACCUUGAUUAUGCUGCACUGUCUCUGGCGGCUGCCCCUGGUUGCAUCACAAGUCCACAUUGACGAUCUGGUUGCCGAUACAAGUAUCAGUUUGAAUAUCCUCAGCAGCAUCGGAGAAUACUGGACAGAGGCUAGGCGGGCGAGAGAUUGCAUCCAUGAACUGUCGGGGGCUACAAUACAGCGUCUGCUCAAGAUGCGUAGCCUGGAGACGUCACCGCGGUUGGCUGGAACUUACCCUGCGACACGCGCGGCCGAGAGGACUCGAUCUCAACAUUCCAACGAAGAACGAGAGGAAGCUAUGCCGGAGCAGGUAGACUCUGCCGUGGAGAUCGCUCCUUCACUGAGCUCAUUUCUAGAUGAGUUUGAUUUUGGCCUCGAGAGUGCAAGCUGGUUGAAUGAUUCAAUGCCCGGUGGAUUUAUGGAUUUUGCCGGGGCCCCUGAUUUCGAUAAUAUCGUUCGACAGUAUUUAGAUCCGAAAACGGUGAUGUGGAACUAA